AUGGUGAACCCUGUGAGUGUUAUAUGGGAUAGAACUCCCAUUUUGCAGCAUUUGCUGAUUGUUGGUGCUUACACGUUGUUGUUGCAAUUGCCUGCUGUGUUUUGGCGGAAAUAUGUCGCUGUUACCGCGUUGGCUGCACUGAUUUACCGUUUGACGCUUGUUGAACAGCAUCUCACUCCCGGCAGCCAGUAUUUGCAGGCCAUCAGCUUUGCGUCUGCGUAUGUCUAUGCUUUAGACCUGUUUUUGGUGAACGAGUACCCGGAAACAACCGAUUACCAGCCGCGUAAAGAGACGUUGCAGAAAGUCCAAGAUGCACCGCCCUUUUCUCGUGCCAAGCUCGACUGGGCGUUCAGACGGUCCUGUUACGUGAAUCGUGGCACAGGCUGGGUCACCGCGUCGAAAACAAAGCUCCGUGCGUUCACCCCAAUCAAGUCCAAAAUACGCUUCGCUCUGGGUAUUGUUGCACAGACCGUUCUCCAGCUCGUGGUUGCUGCUCUCGGAAUGAAGUAUAUUUCGAGAUACAACUAUGUCGCGCAACGGGGUCGCGACGCAGACUUCCCCUCAAUCUUCUCCGAGGUGUCUGGUCCGCUGGAACUUGUUCUGGUUGCGACAUGCAUGGCCUUUUAUACCUAUGCCGGACUGUCGCUGUUUUUCAACACCGCCAGUCUUUUUGCAGUGCUCUGCAACAUUGUCGACAUCGAGGACUACACGCCAUUGUUCGACAUGAGCAAGAUGUUCACGUCCCCGCCGCUCAAGACGUUCUGGAACGAAGCGUGGCACCAAUUGCUGUACAGAUCGUACAGUUUGUGUCGUGCCCUGACCGAUAAACUGUUUGGCACUUCGCCGUCUGGCAAAAUCCUGGCUGUGUACCUGACGUUUCUGCUGAACGGGACGUUACAUUGGUUUGCCAACACGAAGAUGGCAUGGUACCGCACUUCUGGCGAUGCAGCGUACCGCCCGAUGUUUCUUUUUCUGUACUGGUGUGUCACGUUGCGCGUCGAAAACAGAUGGAACAGGUUUCUGGCAAAACGGUCUAUCCAGCUACCAAAACCAGUGUGCGUGGCCACGGCUAUUGUGUGGUUCGUUGUCGUGCAAACCCCGGCCGCGAUCGUAUUGUUCCACGACCAGCUGCGUGCCGAUAUGCCGAUGUUUAUAGCUAGAUCCCAGUAA